UCCUCGGAACUCCGUGGCCUCGUGAGCCCUCUCGCCCCCAACCCCAUUGACCUGCCGUUCUCCGGGCGUCGGCGUUGCCCUGGGCGACCCAGCGCAGCUUCCUUCCUGGGGCGUGGGGCGUGGGUACUACGCGGCUCCGGUAGUGGCUGCGGGAUCAGUCGUGGGAAUGCCGGCUACCUCUUUUGCCUUCUCUCGGCCUACGGGAUGGUCUGGUUUUUCAGACGCUAGGAGGAACCAGGAAUGUGACUUAAGAUUCCCAAAUCUCCAUCUUGUCCGGAGACUCCCCUACUUGUGACCCCACUCGUGAGCCCUUGCUUCCCCUCAGUGCUGCGCCCUCUUUAAGGCGGUUUUCUCUCCAGGGGUUUUUCCAGCCCCAGACUCCUGCUCUUCUGCCAGGACUUCCGGGUUCUCCUAUGGGAUUCACCCCGACUUCGCCGUAGUGAAAAAGCAGUCUGGCUCCCGAAGUCCACUCCUUACGCCCCAAGGUCCAGAUGGCGGCCAAUGUGGGUGAUCAGCGCAGUACAGAUUGGUCCUCUCAGUACAGCAUGGUGGCUGGGACUGGCAGAGAGAAUGGCAUGGAGACCCCCAUGCACGAGAACCCGGAGUGGGAGAAGGCCCGCCAGGCCCUGGCCAGCAUCAGCAAAGCGGGAGCUGCUGGCAGCUCUAAGGCCAGCAGCAGUGGUCCUGUGGCCAGUGCACAAUAUGUGUCUCAGGCAGAAGCCUCGGCUUUGCAGCAGCAGCAGUACUACCAGUGGUACCAGCAGUACAACUAUGCUUACCCCUACAGCUACUACUACCCUAUGAGCAUGUACCAGAGCUAUGGCUCUCCUACCCAGUACGGGAUGGCUGGCUCCUACGGCUCAGCCACAGCCCAACAGCCGUCGGCUCCCCAGCAUCAAGGGACUCUGAACCAGCCCCCGGUCCCUGGCAUGGAUGAGAGCAUGACCUACCAGGCCUCGCCUCAGCAGCUACCAGCGGCUCAGCCUCCUCAGCCCUCCAACCCCCAGCAUGGAGCCCACGCUCUGAGCAAUGGUCCUCAACCUGGAACAGCCCCAGCCACCCAGCACAGCCAGGCGGGGCCUCCCACAGGCCAGGCCUAUGGGCCACACACCUACAGUGAGCCUGCCAAGCCCAAGAAGGGCCAACAGCUGUGGACCCGUAUGAAGCCAGCCCCUGGAACUGGAGGUCUCAAGUUCAACAUUCAGAAGAGGCCCUUUGCUGUCACCAGCCAGAGCUUUGGCUCCAGCACAGAGGGUCAGCAUAGCAGCUUUGGCCCCCAGCCCAACCCUGAGAAAGCCCAGAACCACAGUGGACCUUCAGCCCGGGGGAACCUAUCCGGGAAGCCUGACGAUUGGCCACAGGACAUGAAAGAGUAUGUGGAGCGAUGCUUCACUGCCUGUGAGUCAGAGGAAGACAAGGAUCGGACAGAGAAACUGCUCAAGGAGGUGCUGCAGGCCCGGCUACAGGACGGCUCGGCCUACACCAUCGACUGGAGUCGUGAGCCUCUACCUGGAGAACCCUGGGCUUGCUCCCUUUCCUGCACUACAGUAGCUGAGUUGCCGGGGCUGACCAGGGAGCCUGUGGCUGAGAGCCCCAAGAAGAAGCGGUGGGAGGCCCCUAGCAGCCUUCACCCUCCCAGGGGGGCAGGCUCGGUGACCAGGGGCGGGGGUGCCCAGUCCCAGCGAGGGACGCCAGGGGCUGGGGGUGCUGGCCGAGCCCGGGGUAGCAGCUUCGCCAAGUUCGGCAACCGCAACGUCUUCAUGAAGGACAACAGCUCUUCCUCCAGCACGGAUUCCCGCUCCCGCUCCUCCUCCAGGUCCCCCACUCGCCACUUCCGGAGAAGUGACUCUCACUCGGACUCCGACAGCUCCUACUCAGGGAACGAAUGUCACCCUGUGGGCCGCAGGAACCCACCCCCUAAGGGCCGGGGUGGCCGGGGGGCCCACAUGGAUCGGGGCCGAGGCAGGGCGCAGCGCGGGAAAAGGCACGAUCUAGCUCCCAACAAGCGCAGCCGCAAGAAAAUGGCAGCUCUGGAAUGUGAGGACCCUGAGCGUGAACUGAAAAAGCAGAAGCGGGCAGCCCGCUUUCAGCAUGGCCAUUCCCGCCGCCUGCGCCUCGAACCCCUGGUGCUGCAGAUGAGCAGCCUGGAGAGCAGUGGGACUGACCCUGAUUGGCAGGAGCUGCAGAUUGUGGGCACCUGCCCUGACAUCACCAAGCACUACCUGCGUCUCACCUGUGCCCCUGAUCCGUCCACUGUGCGCCCUGUGGCAGUUUUGAAAAAGUCAUUGUGCAUGGUCAAGUCCCACUGGAAGGAGAAGCAGGACUAUGCCUUUGCCUGUGAGCAGAUGAAGUCCAUCCGGCAGGACCUGACGGUGCAAGGUGUCCGCACUGAGUUCACUGUGGAGGUGUAUGAGACCCAUGCCCGCAUUGCCUUGGAGAAGGGUGACCAUGAAGAGUUCAACCAGUGCCAGACACAGCUCAAGUCGCUGUAUGCAGAGAACUUGCCAGGCAAUGUUGGCGAGUUUACUGCCUACCGGAUCCUCUAUUACAUUUUCACCAAGAAUUCGGGAGACAUUACCACAGAGCUGGCAUACCUCACGAGGGAGCUGAAGGCAGACCCUUGCGUGGCCCACGCGCUGGCACUGCGGGCAGCCUGGGCCCUGGGCAACUACCACCGUUUCUUCCGGCUGUAUUGCCACGCGCCCUGCAUGUCUGGCUACCUUGUGGACAAGUUUGCAGACCGGGAGCGCAAGGCUGCCCUCAAGGCAAUGAUCAAAACGUAUGUGGCACUGUGUUCUGCUGCCCUCUGCUGUGGCCCUGCCACGCCUCACCCCUCCAUGUGCUCCUGGCUGGGCAGCCUUGUCCUGCUCCUGCACUUGAGUCUUCUUCUCCUCCUCCUUUCUACACUCCCCCUCACCCCUUGCUUUCCUCCUCAGUCACCCUCAGUUCCGGGUCCCUCUGACUACCAUUCUUAACCUCGAUAUUCCUGGUGUUCCCUUCCUACCCUGUUCUUCUCUUUUGUCUAUUUAACAUAAGCCGGACCUGGUUUAUCUUCACUUCUCUCCAGGCUUUUUGCGCUCCCCCUGGGGCCUCUGCCUACCUGUUGCAGCUCCUCGCUGCUCCUAUUCUAGACAGACUAGAGAGGAUGGGCCCUAUUGCAGCUUCUGUCUCAUGAGACAAGGGCCAGUGCCCAUUGAGCUCUUCUGAGAGUCCCAGAAAUGGAUAGGGACAGUGUGACAGGCUAGCCACACUGGAAUGGUGCUAGAAGGUUCUUUGUCUACCACAGUAUGACUCAUUGUGGGUAAGGAAGAGGUGCUUGACUCACACUUGGACCCACAGUUCAGUCAAGUUGAAAUGCCUCCAGGAGACAUUUUUGGUUGUCAGGCUGAGGGGGGAUGCUACUGGCCUCUAGAGGAUAGAGGCUAGGGAUGCUACUCAGUGUCCAGCCCCACAACAGCCAUCUGGCUCCAGGUCGAGAAACCCUGGUCAAGAGGUCCGUCAGGAGGUCUGAAGGGCUUUGAAGGCCAGGACAGUAGCCUUCUUUUCUUAGGAAGGUUAAAUAGGGAGUCCCAGGAUGGUAUGCAGCUGGGGAGGGACCAUCAGCCUGAAGGUUGAGACACUCCCUAGAAUCUUGUUUUGGUCAAGCCAACUUAAGGGAGAAGUAGGGCCAUGGGGCAGAAGAUGACACAGAACACAGUGCUUGGGACUUGAUUACUAGCUGGGUAGGGUGAGGAGGCAGCAGGGCCGCUCAGACCUCUGCAGCCUAAUAGGCCCCUUGCAGGUCAACCAUGAGCCUCAGUGCUACACAGAUUGUGUGGUUGGGUAAGUGACCCUUCCCUUGUUUAUAUGUAGUUGGCAUUGGUGGCAGCACAACUGUGAAUGGCCCUAGUGAGGUAGGUAGGCCCACCUUUGACCUCAUGAAUCCCCAUGUGGAGUCAGUUGGCAAGGCCUUCUGUGACAGACAAAUCCAUCCUAAGACCUGGACCCCUAUCCAUGUAGGAACUGGGAGAACAGCUUGGUUGAUGAGCAGGCUGUCCUACUCCAGGGCUGCAGGAAACUUGGGUUUGUAGGUAGAAUUGGUUCAGCUUGGUGCAGCUUCCUGAGUAUCUAAAGGACAGUGACACAUGCUGCAGGAGAGGGUCCCCUGGGUUAGCCGGAAGCUCUGGACAGUUGUUGGCCUGGCAUGUGUGAGUGUGUGUAAUGUGUAGGGCAUCAGUAGCAUCCAGGAAUCACUGCACUGACUGAUAGUCUGUGGAAGCCUGGGCUCGGGCUUCCCCAGGUAGUGCCAUGAGCCCUCUCAUCUGCCCAUGCUGCUUCCUCCUACUGGCUUCUGCCCCUCAGCCAGUGGAGGAGCCAGCUGGGCCCUUCCCCUUCUGUCCCCUCCUUCCUGGACAGGUAAGUGAGGGUGAGGGGGGGCACAACCGGGCACGGGGCCACCAACCCCACCCCGGGGCCCCCCCAAGCCCCUGAGGUUGGGAGGGACUGCAGGAAUCAGCAGGUGCCAUGCUGAGGAAACCCUGUGGGUUCCCGAGGAGGGGGCACCCGCUCCCUGCUCAUGGGGCCCUCCCCUGCCCACUGCCCGCUUCAUCACUUUCUCCUCUUGUCUCCAUAGCUUCCGCCCUGCGCUGCCAGUAUCCUACCUGCAGGCCGAGCUGGCCUUCGAGGGCGAGGCCGCCUGCCGGGCCUUCCUAGAGCCCCUGGGCCUGGCCUACACGGGCCCGGACAACUCCA